GGAAGGAGGAGGAGGAGGAGGAGGAGGAGGAGGAGGGCGCCGCGGAGAGGCGGCUGCCGCUGCUGGGCAGAGAGGAGCCGCGCAGGAGCUGCGGCUGCACUCGGACGCCACAUUCGCUCCUUGCGGGACUGGCGGUGAGGAUGAGCGAGAGCUGACCCCGCUGCUGCUGCCGCCGGCGGGGCCGCGAAGUGGCUGUUCCUCCUCCUCCUCCUCCUCCCCUGCUGUGGGUGAACCUGCGCUGCCGGCUCUCCGCCGACACGGGGAGGGGGCUGGUUUGUUUGUGUAUUUGUUUAAGGAAAAGCGAGAGAGGGAGGGAAAAGGAGAGCUCUUCCAUCCGUUGAGGCACAGUUCACUAUGAUCGUACUCGCAUUCAGCACUGGAAGCCGGUUGGAUUUCGUGUCUCGGUCCAGGGUGUUUUUCUUGCAAACCUUCCUUUGGAUUUUAUGUGCUACAGCGUGCAAAGCGGAGCAGUAUUUCAAUGUGGAGGUAUGGUUACAAAAGUAUGGCUACCUUCCACCAACUGACCCCCGAAUGUCGGUGUUGCGCUCUGCAGAAACCAUGCAAUCAGCUAUAGCUGCCAUGCAGCAGUUCUAUGGCAUUAAUAUGACAGGAAAAGUGGACAGGAACACAAUUGACUGGAUGAAGAAGCCUCGAUGUGGUGUUCCUGACCAAACAAGAGGUAGCUCCAAAUUUAACAUUCGUCGGAAACGAUAUGCAUUAACAGGACAGAAGUGGCAACACAAACAUAUCACUUACAGCAUAAAGAACGUCACUCCAAAAGUAGGUGAUGCUGAAACUCGUAAAGCCAUUCGCCGUGCCUUCGAUGUGUGGCAGAAUGUAACUCCUUUGACCUUUGAAGAAGUUCCUUACAUUGAAUUAGAAAAUGGCAAGAGAGACGUGGAUAUUACAAUCAUUUUUGCAUCAGGUUUUCAUGGAGACAGUUCUCCCUUUGAUGGGGAGGGAGGAUUUUUGGCCCAUGCAUAUUUUCCUGGGCCAGGAAUUGGGGGAGACACUCAUUUUGACUCAGAUGAGCCAUGGACUUUGGGAAAUCCUAACCAUGAUGGAAAUGAUCUGUUUCUAGUUGCAGUGCAUGAACUGGGACAUGCUCUGGGCUUGGAGCAUUCUAAUGAUCCCACCGCAAUCAUGGCUCCCUUUUACCAGUAUAUGGAAACUGACAACUUCAAACUACCUAAUGAUGAUUUACAGGGCAUCCAGAAGAUAUACGGUCCACCUGACAAGAUCCCACCACCAACAAGACCUCUGCCAACAGUGCCCCCACAUCGUUCAAUCCCUCCAGCAGACCCGCGGAAGAAUGACAGACAGCCUAAACCUCCCCAGCCACCCACUGGUGACAAACCUUCCUAUCCGGGAGCUAAACCUAACAUCUGUGAUGGGAACUUCAACACUCUAGCUAUUCUUCGCCGGGAAAUGUUUGUUUUCAAGGAUCAAUGGUUUUGGCGCGUAAGAAACAACAGGGUGAUGGAUGGAUACCCCAUGCAGAUUACCUACUUCUGGAGGGGACUGCCUCCGAGCAUUGAUGCAGUUUAUGAAAACAGUGAGGGGAAUUUUGUUUUCUUUAAAGGUAACAAGUUCUGGGUCUUCAAGGACACUACUCUCCAGCCAGGGUAUCCUCAUGAUUUGAUAACACUUGGAAGUGGAAUUCCUUCCCAUGGUAUUGAUUCAGCAAUUUGGUGGGAGGACGUUGGGAAAACCUACUUCUUCAAAGGAGAUAGAUAUUGGAGGUACAGUGAAGAAAUGAGAUCCAUGGACCCUGGUUAUCCCAAACCAAUCACAAUCUGGAAAGGUAUCCCAGAAUCUCCUCAAGGAGCCUUUGUCCACAAAGAAAAUGGCUUCACAUAUUUCUACAAAGGAAAAGAGUACUGGAAAUUCAAUAACCAGAUGCUCAGGGUGGAACCUGGCUACCCUAGAUCCAUCCUCAAGGAUUUUAUGGGUUGUGACGGACCAACAGACCGAGACAAAGACCGACACAGCCCUCAAGAUGACGUUGACAUUGUCAUCAAACUGGACAACACAGCCAGCACUGUGAAAGCCAUAGCCAUUGUCAUUCCCUGCAUCCUGGCCUUGUGCCUCCUUGUCUUGGUUUACACUGUGUUCCAGUUCAAAAGGAAAGGAACACCCCGCCACAUACUGUACUGCAAACGCUCUAUGCAAGAGUGGGUGUGAUGUAGGGCUUUGGGUUUUUUUUCUUUCCCUCCCAGGAGUUUGUGGUAACUUGAGAUUCAACACGAGAGCUGUUAUGCAGUUUCCUAGCUAGGAGCGGGCAUCUGUCAGUCUGAAACAAAGCUGAUCUUUAAAACCCCGGGGGUUGCCUGUCCUGCGCAUGAGUGGCGAUUCGCUCGGCUGGGAAGCUUCCAUGAUACACAGUAUCUGCUGUUUCUUCAGUCCUUUGUCUUUCUUUGUCAUUCGAUUCUAGGCCUUUCCUCUGCACGCUCAAUACCCGAUAAACUAUCAGGAUUAACUAAUGAAGAGGAAAAAAAAAAAAUCUCCAGUGUUUCUACAUUUGUCUCCUAAGGCCUGUUCCCCUUUGAAAAAAAAUUUUUUGCUGAAAGUAAAUUUUUUUAGAAAAACACAACAACCCACAAUGGAACUUUCAGGAAAGUGAGAAGACCCAAAACAGCUUUGUCUCCAAAGAGGAUUGCUUUCUGUCUGCUAUGGAUAAAGUCCUAUACUCCUCCUUCCAAUUUUGUCAGGUGGGAGAGCCGGAUGACACGCAGGACUUCAGACUGUUCGGACAGCCAUUUUCCAACAAACAAGGGGCCAAAAUAUCUGCAAUAUAGUAACAGCCUUAAUGAUACAUUCAUUUUGUGUUUUAUACAGCUGCUCUGGGCUACGUCCUCAAUGUUUUAAACUCAUUUAUAUUCAUUACUAUAUUCAAGCGGAACCUUUUUAUUGGUUUGUUUGGUUUUUGGUUGGUUUUCCUGCAUAAUCUUUCCCAAAUUAUAGCAAACCAACUGCCCCAGGCCUUUCACAGGUCUGUCAGGAGCACUCAUUCCAAAGCACGGUAAAAAGCAGUGUGUCUCUGAGGUGGAUUUCAAUGAACUAAAGCAACAGUCAUGCUACAGAGAAACUUGACACUGGUACUGUAUCAGUGUAACCCUUUGAGAACUAUUGCAUCAGUUUUCAGAGUCUGGUGUAUGCUAAUCUUUGUUGUCACUAAAUUACAGGGUUUGGGAAAUACAGGUUUUAAAAGAAAAUCAGGUUUUUAAAACAGAUUUCUUCUGAUUGCAAGUGAGUGUUUUUAUGACUUGCAUUAAAAAAGCAUUUGUAACAUUCAAAUAGAAAGCAAAAUAUAUUUACCAGCUACUUUCUGGUUAAAUGAACCAAACUUAUUUUAAUAACUGCUACCACUUACGGAGGAUUUUUUCAGAACUGGCUACAGUUUUAUAGCUUAGCCUUUUAUCUUAAGCAUAUUGAAUUUCUCUUUUAAACUGUGUUGCAUGAUAAUUCAAUUUGCCUCAACAGAGGUAGAGUUACAGUUUCAAAGGAAAGCUAAAAUGAUGACUCUGACAUUGCAUGAAUAUACUCCAGUAUUUUACCCCAUUGCAUGUUCACCAUAGUUCUCAAAGGGUUAGGCAAAUCUCUGGCAUUUAGCUGAACAUUAUAUCACUGACAGAGCCAAGGGACCAUCAAAGCAUUUUGUCAAUGUGUGUAAUUUGUGCUAACAGCAGUAUUGUCAUUUUCAUGUGACCUGCAGAGCAGGUUUGUAUCAAUAUUUUUUUCCUAGAGAAAAGUCAGCAACUGACAGACCUCUUUAUUGAUUUUAGGAGCUGCUUCUUGCAGUGAUAGGCUUUACAGUCACUGGGCUGUGAACUUAUUAAAGACGGUCAGAAUGAAUGCACCCCACGAGUCAGACGCCUGGUUUUUUAUGAAAGCCAGGAUUUGAGGGGAGUAGCUUUCGAAACAACGAACAGCUUGCCUUGAACUUGAUUACUGACCUGUUGACUGUCAUUACCAAGUUAAACAUUGUCUUCUGUGAACAGCUUCACUGUCUGAAUUUCCUUAAAGUGUACUGUCCUAUGUCUUUGCUCUUUGACCUUUAACUUGCAAACUGGCACAAACCGAAGGGAAUCUGGUGUUGCUAAUCAAUUAAGAUGGGUUUUAUUUCUUGAAAGGCCUGAUAUAUAUUAUCAAAAAACUAAAGAAAGAAUGUUGAAUUGUUUUCUUAGAAAAGAAGUGGCAGAAACUAAAAUAUUUAUGAUAGAUCUGUAGAAGGGUAUUUUGCUAUGUAUACAUGCACACUCUAAAAAUGAACUACAGUAGAAGUGAAUUUUUAUUUCACUUGAAUAAAAUUUUCAGUAUAAAAUUAUCAUUUCUACGAAAAGCUAGUUAUUAAUGAAAAGGUUAUAGGAAAGUAUUAAGAUACUUGAAAUGGCCAGUAUUGGCUUUUACAUAAAACAAGAUUUUUAUACUACAUGCAACCAAUUUCUUACUGAUUUCUUAAUCCAUAUAGCUGGAUCAUUUUUUAGAGAGUGUAGGUAUAUAUACAUAUAUAUUAUGGUUAUUAUUAUUUUGGUAAUGAAACGAUAGCUUGACUGCCUUGAAUUUAUAUUUAUAUUGAGCAUAGCAUGAAAAAUAGUAUGCCUUUCUGUUCAAUUACAUGAUUUUAUAUUGAUUUGAGGACUUAUUUUAUGAACAUAUGUGGCAUGCUAUAAAGCAUUGCAAACUUAAUUCUUAGAGCAUAAACAGAUAUACGUAUGUACGGCUAACAAAAAAUGAAGAUUAGAAGAAGAUAUAGUUUUACAGCAAAUAUGCAAUGCAGAUGGCAUUUUGGAGAUGUUUUGUAGAGGUACUGCAUACUGUAGGUUAGAAGUGCACCAGUAUCAGCCCAUAGCAUUAUUUAGUAAAUCCAAUUCAGUUGUUGCUAAAAAUAGGAAUUAAUUCAUAAUUAAGUAACAUAGGAUAUUUACUGCAAAUGAGCUUAUUUGGUGAAUUCGGAAUUCCAUGCCUGUUUCUCAUAUAUUUUAAUAUAUGGAUGUGUGUGUGUGUGUGUGUGUGUGUUUGUAUAUUUAUAAAUGCACACAAAUACACAUACACAUACAUGCAUAUUUUAAUUCAUGGAGAAAUUUUUAUUGUCAGCAAAUUGCUGUAACUUAUGUUCUACCACAGACAGAACAAAAUGAUUCAUGUUACUGUUCUGAUUUUGUCCCUUGGAUAGUUGGUGGAAAGUGCUAACACUACUAAAUCUGUGUUUGAUUUUCCUCCGCAAUGGGAGAACUAAUUUGAUAUUAUCUUCAGGGCAGAACAGCAUCUUAUCUGUUUUCUUAUUCACUUGGAAAUUUCACUUCAAUUUCGAAAUCUUUUUCAUGGCAGCUUUAACUUUUUGUGCAACUGUUUCCCUGAGAGUAAUGAAAUGUUGAGCAUGUUGACUGUUGUUCUUUGGUAAGGUAAAAAAAAAUGUUUGUAUUUGGAGAACUUAACUUUAAUUAUGCAGGAAGGUAAGUGUGAUAAGUCUAGUGCUUGGUAUAUGGUACAUCAUAGUUACAUGAAUACAUAAUAAGUUGACUCUUUAAUCUAUUUUCUUUUACUUAAAAGUGCAUAUAUAUUAUAUACAGAGAGAGGGAGAAAAAACAAAUAUGAUAUUGGCAUGUUUAUGUCAUGCAAGGCAAGGUUGUGUCAGCAUUUCUAUUAUAUACUCCUAUUUUCAGUAGGUUGUAACACAAUCAUUAAAAUUUGCUUUAGGUAAAAGACGUAGAAGCAAUUGUGUUCAGUCUGAUUUCCAAAUACAUGUUUGGCUGGCUUCAAAUUAUAGUAGUAGUUCAGUGUAAAUUAGUGAUGUUGCGGAGUUUAGUUUUGAACUUAAACAAGUAAAAGCUAGUUUAAAGAAAAUGUUAUUUUUUAAACAAUUGUUCUAUACCAGGGCCUAUAAUUAUUAGCAUUAAGAAAAAACAAAGUGAAAAUUUUGUUUGAGUUCUGAAAUCCGGGUUCCUGCUCAUGUGCCGUAACUUUUUUCAUAAAGUUUUUAAUAAACAUUUCCAUAUUACUAUUGUCACAAUCUGUACUGUGGAACAAUACAAAACUGAAUAUGGAUUGUUUUAAUCAGUUACAGUCUAUCAAGCUGACUAUACAGGGUUAUGUAUCUUCACAGUACUAUAGUCUGUAUCAUGCAGGAAGCCAGAGUAGAGGAUGGCAGUGUUUCCUCUGGCCUUUUAAUGUAUAAACCUAUGAAAAGGUUAUUGUCUGUAGACAGAAAUUAACUUUUAUCAAAAAAUACUUUUAAAGAAACUAUGUAACUGUAUAUUUACUGGAUAGGCUGGGAUGGAGAGGCUCAAAUGGCUCCAAAGGAGCCCUUUCAAGUCUCGUGAAUAAAUGUAAUACAUAUUUUAUAUCUUCCUAUGAACUUUUGUUCUUCUUUGUUCAAAGAGGGGUGAAGGGGGGGAAUUAAAGAAAAAGAUGUUUUAAGGAUAAUUUUGUGAAAUAAACUGACAGAAGCUAAUAGAUUCAAACUUAAGGGGAAGACUUACACAUUCUCUCAACAGUGUGCUUCAUCUCCCCAGUCAUUCAGCCAAGACCUCUGUGCCAAGGGCACUGUGGGUUAAGAACAGAGUUUAAGCCUAAUUUUGAAUUUUCAGCUUUUUUGGCUUACUUCACAAUCCUAAUGUCAGUUAAAUGUAGCCUCUGGUACCAAAUUAUGUAGAAUCAAAUUCUGGCUUUUUGCUUAGAAAAAAAGUGGAUACGAUAGAGAGUAGCAAUGGAAUCAUUACAUUCCAUUUCUGGUUUUUCACAUUUGAACCAUUGGUGGGGCAAAGCUUGAAAAAGACAUAUAGCAAACUGAACAGUGCCUGCUCCAGAAACUGCAUUUUUAAGACAGCAGAAGCGCAAGCUACCGCACCACUGCAGCCUCAAUUGGAGAUAGCAUAAGAUGACCAAACUGAGGAGCAAGGAGGGGUUUGCACAGUGCUGGCCUAAGCUGUGGCCUAUGCUGAAUGUGGCCCAAGUUUUAUCCCCCGUUUCAGAGGUGACGUAAGCCAUGCAUAGUGACAGCAGGAGAUGUGAAGAAGCCGUCACAGAACAAUAGCUCCCUUCCACCUUUUGUUGCUGCCAUGGCUGGUUUUGGACAGCUGUAUUUCCAGUAGCGUAAACAGAUGACUGCAGCACUGUGAGCCGCAAAGAAAAUCAUCAGUGGAAGGAACAAUAUCACUGGCCCCUAAGGUGUUCAGAUAUGCUGUAAAACAAGUAGUAUUGUGUAUGAGCUGAGGAACAGAUAAACUAUUAUUGAAUCCAGUGAUAUUGCCAUGACUGAUACACCAGUGCUGUGACAUUAAGCAUACUUUCUUAGCUCACAGUGCACAGAUUGUAGACAAACAGGGUGGUUAUCAUAAGAUCACUUUAACAUAUGUCAGUUACAAAAUCAGAUACAAAUGAACCAUAUGUCAUAUACUCAUAAAAUAAUCUCUCUGGUUUAUGCAUGAAAAUCAACAAAUUGUCUGCUAGCAGUCAUAUGAUAAAAUAUAAUGCGUGUGUCCCAUCUAUCAAAUCCAUUCUUGUGACUUACCAGCUGACUGUCACAAGAAGGCUUGGCUGAUAGAGAAAUACAUUGUCACUAGUAUCAUAGAUGCAGAAAAUGUCUGGGAAGCAUCAAAAGCAGGCCAUCACUAUUAUAGCCUGGUUCCAUUUGGCCCCUGAUCUAAGAGUAGUUUCUAAUGUUAGAUACCAUAGAUUCUGUAUGAUGCGGGGUUAUUUGAUGCAUAUAGGUAGCCAGGAAAGCUCACUGCUAAUCAAGCAUUCACAUUUUGGACGAUCAUCAGUAUGUGACCACAGCAAGCAUUUGUUCUUAAAAUUAAAAUAUAUUGCAAAGUGUUUAAACAACAUUAAAUGCAUACAUGAUAAACAAGACUUGUUUUCCAGUAUACAUACACUUUAGUAUAUCAUCUAAAAAUUAUAGUCUAUUACAAUUUGUAGUUGCAACUGCCUAUCAUGACUUUGAGAUAUUGCAUUUUAUGGAAGGUAUAUAUAAAAUAUGUUGGUCCUAUGGAAAUACCUUUAAUUACUACUCUGGCCCACCCACAGUAUAUGUCAAAUAGAUGUUAGAAGCAGAUGAAGCAAAUUAAGAAACAUUGAUGUAAACUAACAUGCUAAGGAAGAUUUUCUACGCUUGCCUGCGUAUGCAGCAUAAUGCUAGUGGCUGUCCACAGUAAAACUGCAUUAACAAAAGACCCAUUGUCAUAAUUACCAUAUGCCAGCCAUUUAUGAUGGCACAAAGCUUUCCGGUCAUAUAGCUUGGUUUCUUCUGCUUCUAUAGAAUGACAUUAUCCAAGGUGAUAAUCAUCAUAACCACCAUAUAAACCAAAGUUUUCUAUUUAGUUAGUAGUCAUCUCUCCCACAACAUUGCAUCACAUCCUUUUCUUAGCUACACCCUUAAUCUCCUUGGCCAGCUAUCAGCAUGAGUUAAUUCAUAGACUUUUAUGUCAAUUAUUUUUUUCUGUUGCAGUAAAAUAUAUACUGAGCAAUCUCUCCAUUUUGCCAUCUGGUACUAACACAUGAAUUAAUCACUUUUACUCUCUGUCAUGCCUGUGUCCUGGAUCAUCUAUUUGCUCAUCCAUCAUUCUGGAAACUGGGUCUCUGGGAAGUGGGAUUAGCAACAGGAGAUUGGAUCUGAUAACUUCCUAACCCAAAGCACAGUACCUGUCUAGCCCUUAACAGUAGGACAACAGAGUGGGAAGGGUUUUCUGUGAAGUACUACGUCACUUACCCACCAGUAACAGCACAAUGUAAUUCUGCCAAUUAGCUCAUGCCCAGGUGGGUUCACCACUUGCAGAAGGUAGUGUGUUAAGCAGAAAAUAGUAUUUCUAAUCAACAUUUCCAUCCUGUUAUGUUGGCAUAGUAUAAUGCCCAAUUUAUACAUAUAUUUCAUAACUUACCUGGCUGCAAAUGAAGUCUUCAGCCCCGUGGAAGCUGACAGUGCUUAGGGUCAACAUGCAGUUAGUGUUCACUCAUUUAUGAGGUGUGAACAAAUUUUGAUUCCCUUACUUUCAUUUCAUGACCUCAGGAAAAAGAAUGUAAGUUCAUUUGUAAUAAAAAAUAAUGUUUUAUAAUACUCUGUUUGUCAACGUUCACAAUCGCAUGAUAUUAUGGCUCAGCAAGCACUAUUGUAUAACUGAUAUAUUCUGGUCAAGACAGCCCAAUCCCAUAUCUAGGCAUACAGUGAAUCUAAAUAGAGAUGCACAUCCUGUAUACCCUUUGCUUGGCUAUUGCCACAAAAAUAGUGAGUGCUCACAUACUGAUCCUCUUUAUACAUUAUGGGACCGCCAAGUUGAUGUGUGUUGCAAGCAAUUUUGUUUUCUUGAAUGUAAGCAGAGUUAUAUGCAUUAGAAAAUGUUCCUUGUGGUGAUGAUCGUGACAAACACAGCAAUUCAUACCUGCGAGACAUAGCUAUGGCUUGUAUUUACAUAGUUGUCUUUUGCCUCAUAUAAUCAAAUGCUAUCAGCUCUGGCCAUGCAUCUCAAGGUAGGUGAUAAACCUUAAAAAAAAAUCCUUCAGGACAGUCAUUGUCAAUACUCACACAGCUCAGAAAUACCUGAGACUGUUGUACCUGAGAAAAUUUAAUCUUGAACAAGAAACCAGUGCUGAAGGAAUGUGUGCUGAUGUGAACAAUCUAUUCCCAGUUUUUACCCUAUAUAAUGCUUUUGGUGAAAUAUUGUCAGCUAAGUACAUGCCUAACAUCCAUCUUUAGUGUACGUUUCCAACGCCAGGUAGUCAUCUUUUGCCAAUUCAUGCUUACAAACUUUGACUUGUAAAGUCAUUCAGAAUUGCUGUUUAAUGGUGUCUGGAUGAAAACCAUUUUAGAGGAUAGAUUAAGGAUUAUGACUGCCCCUUCUUAUUGUACGAGAUAGGCAGACCAUCAUCUACAAUACGUAAGCGUUGUUUUGAAAGUGGUAGUCUUAGUCUUUGUCACAGUGAUGACAAAUAUAGCUGUCUAGAACCACUCCAUUGAAAUCUUUCUCAGACGAAAGAAUUAAAUUAGUAAUGAGCUUCCUUUCCACAACUUCUAUGAUCCACAGAAGAGCCAGCUAGGUCUUUUGAUCAAAGACUGCUGAGCAGACAUAAGAGAACAAGUACAAACACAUUUCCAUUCUUCAUUUCUAGCAGGAUAUAAGAAAAGCAAUGAGAAUGGCUUGGUCCAUAAAUAAAAGUGGAAGUUCAGUUUGACACGAAGAGAAGGAACCAUAAACCACUGACACCAGCAGAACUGCAUGUAACUGCUGUCUUGAUAACUGACAUUAAAAUGGAAGAGAUGUUAUCAGGAACUUGGUGAUAGCGUGGAAAGUAUUAUUGAUCUCCAACAACAAGGACACAUAUUAGACUGUAUAGAAGUCUACUGACUUCAAUGUUUGGUGUCAUAAACCAUGGGACAGCAGUCAGCCAAAAGACUCCUCAGUAUAGUUACUCUAAACAUGACUACAAAUAUAGAGAGAUAACACAUUGUUUAUCUGAUGCAGUCACAAAUCUUUCUCAACAGGUUUAGUCAAACCAGCAUCAAUCUGAAUCAUGUCACAGUGAAAUGCUGUUACAUUUGUUUUCAGAAAUUAGAACCACAAGGUUAUCUAUCAUUUGAAGAACUCCACAGGAUAAGAUGAAGGAGAAAGAAGCCUUUACUUAUAGUCUAAAUUUCAGUCGUGUGACUUUACGUCCAUGCUAUGUCACUCCUUAAGCAGUUGAUAUAAUAGAAACACAUCUAUCGCCUUUGGAUGGACCAUUUAUUGCUUUAUCUUUAUGUAAAUUGAUAAAUACACACAAAUUACUGAUCCUCUUUUUUCUCCUCACUGUGCCCUCAUGUUUCCUGACUGACUGAGAUGAUAUUUAAUGUAAUCUGCUCUUUGUAAACAACUGAGAAAUGAUCUUUAAAUAUACAGACUAGCAAAGAAAUUACAAUUUUUCUGUCCAUCUCAUUAAACACACACAAAUUUUUAUAGUCUUUGACUAGGAUAUGAAGCUUUUGUGUCUAUGGUGAAGAGACGGUAGCUGCUCAGAUAUGUCAUGUGGACAUUUGAAGAACUUGGUGUACAUUUUCACUAAAGAGUGUUCAUGCUGGUCCCUUGACAGUUAAGUUCCAAGAUUGGAUUUAAGAUUGUUAAUGUCUCUGCUUUCCAUUGUCACAGCCUUCCUUUUGAGUCUUUUAUGAAAAUUGCAUGGUACAACCAGCACUGACCUUCACAGACUACUUGUGUGGAUCACGAUUGCUACUUUUGCACAUUGCUCUUGUGUACAAUGAUGUGACAGAAAAGAACUAUCAUUUUUGAUGUCAGCCCUUGCACGCCAUUUACAUACAUGGUUUAUGCUGUCUCUGAGAGAUGGGCAGUCUAGAAAGCUGCAUUUCAAAAGUGCUGGUACUAUUUCCGGUGGUUCCAGCUCUUGUCAUUAACCUUUUCUCUUUCUGCUUUACAUUCUGAUGCCUAUAAUCUGUGCCACAGAUGUGCAAACUGUAAUUAUAUGGCUGGAGUUCUUCUACUGCAAGUCAGUUCAUUCACAUACAUCAACCACCAUCAUAUUAUUGCUGUAGCACAGUAAGCUAGCACUGUUGCAUUUCAGAAUGUUUUCCUACUUUGUACCAUUUUACCAUCUUGUUUUCUCAUUGCUCCUAUUUCUUAGACAUCAAUAACAUAUUUAUGAACAGCUCUCUUGCAUCUGCUGCUGUAUGCUGGGAAUCAGAUUCACUGCACUGUUCAGUUACAUCUUGCAGAGAAAAGUGCAGGUGUUUGAUUUUUGUAGGCUUAUUGUAUGUAAUAAGUGUUCCUAUAUGCUCAGAAGCUGUUUCAGGUAGGGACGGCCGCUCCCUGCCAGUCCUAUGGUUAGUAUUGUUAGUGGGUAAAGCACGUGUGGCUGGUUUUGUCGGUGUGUUGUCAGUCAGAGUUUGGUAUGGAUAUAUACACAAGAAGGGUGCAUUGUUUUGCAUACUUCACAUACAUUCUUGUUUCUAUCACUUUCUCAAUCACGUGCACCUUGCUUACUCUCAAAGUGCUGUGCUCCUGUAUCUACCAGAACUGGAUUUCUUCUUUAAUUCUUCCUGUUGGAUGUUUAUUGUGAUUCAAGCAGCUGAUUCAAUUUUCCAUCUAGUUGCCAUUCUUUCCACCCUAUAAUUCCCCAUAAUUCCAGCAGAAAUUGAUCCGGUUCCAACAUCUUAGCAAGUACUUAUUACAAAUGUGAGUCUCUUCCCACACUGUGACAUGUUUGUUUUUCCUCCACCUCUGAAGCAGAGGAAACAAACUUUUCACACAGAGACAAGGAUUUUGGUACAGUUGUUAGGAUAUCUUUGAAAGUGUUUUUAUGCAUAACAUGAUCGUAAAACCCACACAUUGUUAAACAUAACUCUUUUCAAGCUCUGCUUUCUGAACCACCCAACGAUUGCUCACUUAAUUUACAAAGCCUGACAAUUAAGGCAGAAUAUGGAUGUGAUGUUGGAUGCUUUG